AUGGCACAAAACAAAACCGUUCUCUCUUUGAUUUUUCUUGCACUCAUUGUUUUCAACCAAGGAUUCGAGUCCAUUGAGGGACGAUACCUAAAGUCCAAUGAAGUUAACCAAAGCCUUAUGAAGCAUAAUGAGACUAAUAAUGAUGAUAUCAUUCAUGUUACCAUUUCAGUUUCAAAUACAUCAACACUCUCUCCACCAAAUGUGGUGGUUAAUGGUGCAACUGGAGAACCAUCUCCUCCUUCUCCCGCUCAUGACAUCAACGAUUUUAGGCCUACUGCUCCUGGCCAUAGCCCCGGUAUUGGACACUCUGUUCACAAUUAA